GACUCCCAAGCCUUCUUCCUCCUCAGCAGACAGAGGAGCAGCAUGAGGCCUGAGAACCAGAGCAGCGUGUCCCAGUUCCUCCUCCUGGGGCUCCCCAUCCCGCCAGGGCAGCAGGGCGUGUUCUUCACCCUGUUCCUGGGCAUGUACCUGACCACGGUGCUGGGCAACCUGCUCAUCAUCCUGCUCAUCAGGCUGGACUCUCGCCUGCACACGCCCAUGUACUUCUUCCUCAGCCACUUGGCCUUCUCUGACAUUUCUCUCUCCUCUGUCACUGUCCCUAAGAUGCUCAUGAACAUGCAGACUCGGCAACAAUCCAUCUCCUAUGACGGAUGCUUUUCUCAGUUGUAUUUUUUCAUACUUUUUGUUGGUCUUGACAAUUUCCUUCUGGCUGUGAUGGCAUAUGACAGGUAUGUAGCCAUCUGUCACCCUCUGCACUACACCACCAUCAUGAGGGAGGGGCUCUGUCUUGUUCUGGUGGCUGGCUCCUGGAUUCUCUCCUGUGGCAAUGCCCUUUUGCACACCCUCCUCUUGGUCCAACUCAUGAGGCCUGAGAACCAGAGCAGCGUGUCCCACUUCCUCCUCCUGGGGCUCCCCAUCCCGCCAGGGCAGCAGGGCGUGUUCUUCACCCUGUUCCUGGGCAUGUACCUGACCACGGUGCUGGGCAACCUGCUCAUCAUCCUGCUCAUCAGGCUGGACUCUCGCCUGCACACGCCCAUGUACUUCUUCCUCAGCCACUUGGCCUUCUCUGACAUUUCUCUCUCCUCUGUCACUGUCCCUAAGAUGCUCAUGAACAUGCAGACUCGGCAGCAAUCCAUCUCCUAUGGGGGAUGCAUUACUCAGUUGUAUUUUUUCAUGCUUUUUGCUGGUCUUGACAAUUUUCUUCUGGCUGUGAUGGCAUAUGACAGGUAUGUGGCCAUCUGUCACACCCUGCACUACACCACCAUCAUGAGGGAGGAGCUAUGUCUGCUGCUGGUGGCUGGUUCCUGGGUUCUCUCCUGUGGCCAUGCACUUUUGCACACCCUCCUGUUGGUCCGACUGUCUUUCUGUGCUGACAAUACCAUCACCCACUACUUCUGUGACCAAGGAUGUGGAGACAAGGAAACCCUAGGAAAACCUGAGGAGAUGGACAACAGUCUGGAGCAGAAGGUGUCUGACCUCACCAAUGACGAGCCCAGGUGA